GUGAAAGGCCACAGCGUACCGAUCACUCUGAGGAAGUGACAACCGCAGACGGACUUCAACCAGAGUCAAGGAGAAAAAGACUUUGCUUAAUCGCAGUCUGCACAGAUGGAGAACAUGAAGAGCGCCAGGAAAAAUGACACUGGGGAAGUUGGCAGUGAUUUAUCAGAGCAGAUCAAAGCAGCCACUAAAGACAACCACGUCCGAGCUGAAAACACACAGCUGAUGCUGAGCUACCAGAAGGGACAGAUCACCCUGCCGCAGUACAAGGUGCUGCUGUGUUCCCUCUACGAGAUCUACAAGGCGCUGGAAGACGAGCUGGACAGAAAUGCCUCCCAUCCAGCUGUUGCGCCGAUAUACUUCCCUCAGGAACUCGCCCGUCUGGAGUCUCUGGAGAGAGAUCUGGAGCAUUUCCUGGGCUCAGACUGGAGGAGGAGGCUGGUCGUUCCCGCAGCCACACACAGAUACGAGCAGAGGCUACGAGAGAUUGGCAGGGAGAACCCGGCGCUGUUGGUGGCCCACGCCUACACUCGGUACCUUGGUGACCUUUCAGGAGGUCAAGUCCUGGGGAAAAUUACCCAGAAGUCUCUUGGGCUGAGCAGCAAAGAGGGGCUUUCGUUUUUCUCCUUCCCCAGCGUGACCAGCCCGAACCGCUUCAAGCAGCUGUACAGGAGCCGCAUGAACGGCAUCGAGCUGACGGAGGCGCAGAGGGCAGAGUUGCUGGAGGAGGCGGUGUCGGCCUUCGAGCUCAACAUCCAGGUUUUUGAUGACUUGCAGAAAAUGUUGAGUGUCACAACAGCAACAGUGGACCAAUCAGACAGCGCCGUCCCAGCUGCCGCGCACCCAUCCUCACACUUCAUGCAGGUCACCGUGGGACUGUGCGUCGCUCUGGCCACUAUUGGAAUGGGAAUCUACACCUUCUAGUUUUUACCUGCACGUGUGAUCAAUAAACAAACACACACAGCACUUUACUAAUCACUGAAUCAAUGCAAAUUGUGUCCAAGUUUAUAAACGAUCUGAAAUGGUGAUUUUCUCAACUUGUUAACUGUCAUGUGUAUGAACUUUAUUAAACAAUCACACACUGUGAAAACUGUC